UUUUUUAUUUAUCAUGCAGGGAAAUAGAGGUGUAAAGUAGCACACUGAUAAAAUAAAUCCGUGGUAUUACUCAAAAUAGUUUCUCUCCCUUAGAAUACAUGGGACGGGUUGGUUCUUAAAAUACAAGAGUUUGUCAAAUCUUUCUAUUUCUAUUCGUCCCCGGAGUGUAUUCAGUCACGUAGGCUCAUUAUUUAUAGUAGGGUAGAGGUAGCACACACGCUAUGACGCCUUAGUCUUGGUUGAUUUCCCAUGCACACCAAUGCUGUCUACUUUAGAGUCCAACAGAGGGCAAAGUGCAAGCUGCACUGUGACUGUAGAGUUUAUCGUGCUCACUCUCUCUUGCUCUCUUUCUCUUCCUCCCUCCCCCGUUGAGUCUCCACCUCGUUUUCUAUCGCAGUCAGACUUUCACUCAUCGGGUGACACAUUUGCUGUGAUUGUCCUGUUUGUUGCAACUUCAGCAAAGGCGGCCCACAUGACCGAGAUCAGUCAUGGAGGAACAGCAGAGAAUCGACCUGACUUACAUCACCGAACGCAUCAUCACCAUAUUCUGCUCCCCUGGAUGUCCAGAGAAGAUCUACCUGCAGAACCUGCAGGAGAUCAUUCUCAUGUUGCGGUCCAAGCAUGGACAUCACUACAUGCUCAUCAACCUCUCACAGAAAAACCAAACUCUCACACACAUGAACCACAAGGUUUUGGACACAGGUUGGGUGGACCUCCUGGCCCCUGACCUGGACCAGAUCUUUAGCGCGUGCAUGACGAUGAGGGACUGGCUGCAAACACACCCGAAGCACGUCCUGGUGCUACACUGCAGGGGGUGUAAAGGCCGUCUGGGCGUUCUGGUGGCUUCUUACAUCCACAUCUGCAACAUGUCAGCCAGUGCAGAACUUUCUCUCGACCAUUUUGCCAUGAGGAGGUUCUACAACGACAAACUGUCAGCUCUGAUGACCCCCUCGCAAAAACGGUAUGUGUGGAUGCUGGGAAGCAUGUGUAAGGGUGGACUCAGGAUGUCUCCCUCACCGUCUUUCCUCCUGUGUGUUGUUCUUCACCGUCUCCCUAAGAUAAGACCAGACGGAGCAUGUUGUCUCUUCCUGAGAGUCUACCAGAGUCUACAAGCUAUUUGCACGUCAGCAGUCUACCAUGUCAAUGCAGCCCAGACGGACCGCCUCUACUUUGUGCUGCAGCCAGCUCAGCUGCUCAAAGGGGACAUCAUGGUGGUUUGUUAUGAUAAAAACAGCCAGUCAGCCAGCCGUCAGGUCGUCUUCCGUCUCCAGUUUCAUACGGGUCUUGUAGUAGGAAACAACCUCACUUUCUGCAAGGCCGACCUGGACUGUGCCAAUGAAGAUGCCCGGUUCCCAGAAGAUGGAAAAGUGGAGCUGUUGCUUUCUGAUAGCCCUGAAAAGAUUACAGGCAGAGAGCUGUGGAGCAACGGACGCUGUGUGACCGUGGACUAUGACACCUUGGACCCUUUGGUCAGACGAGAUUCAUAUCUACACACGUCUCCUCUUGAGACAGCUCCACCUCACACCCCGGGCCCUGGGAAUGGCAGUUGGUUUGGCAAAGUGAGGAAGACGAGUAGCGAGGAAGUAGCUUCGUUCCGCCUGGCCACCAGCAGCCCCGUCUGCAGUGACCGAGCUCCAUCGGCCAGCAGUGACUCCGGCCUGUCUGUUGCCUCUCAGGGGCGGACCUGGGUCGGACAGAGCAGAGGGGCGGGGCAGGACAAGUUUACCCAGGCUGGGAAGCUGCUCUCCGGGUUGGACUUUGAGAUUGCCCAGCCUCUCCCGGAGGUCAUGACUGACCCUGCUGCUUCCUGCGGGUGGCAGGCGGAGAAGACUGGAGGGGAAUCGGAGCUGACACACGCCGUCAACGGAGAGGCCUCGUCCAGCGAGAGGGAAACUGACAUCCUAGAUGAUGAGGACGACGUGGAUGGCGUAGCCCCUCCUGCUUCCGACGUGCCCAGCUCGAGCGGCAUCCGCUCCCUCCCCUCUGAGAACCUGCCUCAAACUGAGAGAUCAGCCCACGCUGAGUACUCCACACACUCCUGGGUUCGGCAGCAGCAGAUGGUCGACGUUGUCGCCGACAACUCCCUCCAAGUCGACGGGGAGGAGGGGUUGAGCCGCGUCAGAAAAGCGAGGCCGCCGCCCAUCGCCCCAUCCCGAGGACACAGCAGCAGGGAAGCGGCGCAGAGAGGGCCGGGGCGCGAGGAUGGCGCGCACAACGUCACACAAAGCACAGACGUUACGCACAACGCACAGUGUGUCCCUGCGGCUUCGGCUUCGCCCUGCCAAGAGGAGGAUCUGUCGUCGUUGACCACAGAUGUUGACGAGUCCAUAGAGCAGCUGAACCAGCUGAUUUUGGAUUUGGACCCCACCUUUGUUCCCGUUCCCACCCGCUGUGCACCGGUGUCGCGCUCCGCCUCCCUCCACUCCAACGGCCUGAGCCACAAGGGAGAUACCCAUCGGUCAGGUUGGAAGCAGCAAACGCAGGCCAGUGAUGUGACGGACUACGCUGGUGUCCCCGCGCCAGAGUGGAGGCCGGGUGGUGCUAAGAGCUUCAGAGGCUCCCCCAUCCGCAGUCCCCCCUUCUCACCAUCUCAGUAUGGGGAUUUCUACAAAACCAACAGCGUGGACUAUCGGGGACAUACAGACAGCCCUGAAAUCGUCCCUGCUACGCCGGGCUUCCCAGUGUCUCCUCCGACACCCUACGUGAAACAUUUUCCAGAGUUUUCCCAGCUCCUGACCGGUGGGCAGUGGGAACAACACAGCUGGACACAAGAAUCCCGCACUUUCCUGGAAGGUGUGAACCACGGCGGCGGCGCCACAGAGGGAGAGCUGUUCAGGUCAGAAGGGUCGGCUCCUCCUGCUUCCUGCCAGAGGAUCUUUGGCUCCACGUGCUCGAUGUCAUCAGACGUCAGCCCCCUCCCACACACGGACAGCUCUACACCUCCUCCUGUGUGGAAUGACCCAAGUCCAAACUCCCUGAACUCUCCGUAUGCCCUCCAGCACUCGCCUCCGCUCUCCCUCAGCUCUCCCAACGCCCACAGCUCCCCCCGGGGGGGUCUGAGAGGCCUGGGCGGAGGUUCGGGGGCGCGCAGGGAGACCGACAGCACCGACCUGUCCUCGUUGCUGUUGGGGAACGGCGGCCUGGAACGCAGCCUGCUGGAGGCCGUGGAGGGCCUCGGGAGCCUGAACCUCGGGGGAGAGGGGGGCCUCCCUCCACUGCUGCCUGAGAAGAGGAGAUGGGGUGAGGGGUGGGAGGUUGGCUCCCGCUCCCCAUCUCUGAGCGGGUUUUCUAGCCCUCACAGCGGCAGCAGUGUCAGCAUCCCUUUCUCCUCCUCAAUGACCCCCGACUCCCUCAGGGGACCCAGUGGGGCCCCGUCCCCUGGAGCAGACUUCGGCAGUAAGCACGACACUGUGAAGUUUGUUCAGGACACUUCCAAGUUCUGGUACAAGCCCGACAUUUCCAGAGACCAAGCCAUCGCAGCGCUAAAGGACAAAGAGCCCGGCUCGUUCAUUGUCAGAGACAGCCAUUCCUUUCGAGGGGCCUACGGGUUGGCCAUGAAGGUGGCCACGCCCCCUCCGUCUGUGCUACAACAGAGCAAGAAAGUGGGGGACCUGUCCAAUGAGCUGGUCAGACACUUCCUGAUCGAGUGCACGCAGAAAGGAGUUCGCCUCAAGGGCUGCCCUAACGAGCCCUACUUUGGAAGUCUCACAGCUCUGGUGUGUCAGCACUCCAUCACCCCUCUGGCUCUGCCUUGUAAACUCAUCCUGCCGGAUAAAGACCCGAUGGAGGAGCCGAGUGACUCUCCUGCACCGACGGCAACGAAUUCAGCAGCGGAGCUCCUCAAACAGGGCGCAGCGUGUAACGUGUGGUACCUGGGCUCUGUGGAGCUGGAGUCGCUGACGGGUCACCAGGCGGUCCAGAAGGCCGCCACGCUGACCCUCUCCACGGACCCCCCCCCGGCGUCCACCGCCGUCCACUUCAAGGUGUCGGCACAGGGGAUCACGCUCACUGACAACCAGAGGAAGUUGUUCUUCAGGAGACACUACGCCGUCAACACUGUCAUCUUCUGCUCUCUGGACCCGCAGGGCAGGAAAUGGACGAGAGGCAGCGGGUCGACUGCAAAGAUCUUCGGAUUUGUAGCCAGGAAAUCUCAGAGUGAGACUGAAAAUAUAUGCCACCUGUUUGCUGAACACGACCCUGAGCAGCCGGCCAGCGCCAUCGUCAACUUCGUCUCAAAGGUCAUGAUUGGGUCACACAAGAAGUGAGUGAAAAGAGUCACCGCAGACUGAAGAGCCUACGGGAGCAACUUCGGGCCCCGACGUCGUAAAAAUAUGAGUGUGGAUCCCCAGAAAUGAAUAAACAGACCUUGAAGAGCCAUAAAAACUAUGAACCCACACACUCCACCACCUGGUCCUGCUGGUCAGUCUUAACAGAUGAACUUUUGUAGAUUGCUGCGACUGCACUACGAGAUGCCGCCACCAGAGGGAGCAAAAACUGUAUGAAGUUAAACUCACCCACAGGAGGCUUUAAGAUGGAUCCUUGGAAUAUAAAAAAAAUGGAAUUUGUAUAAAAUAAGACCCUUUUCCCCAAGGGGUCCAGUAUGAUAGUUAGUUUGCUACUUAGUCUGACUGGAUCCUCAAACACACUGUAAAUGUACUAUAUUAUGCCAAUUUUACCUAGCCUAACAAAUACAACACAUUUACUUGUUAUCAAACCUGGAGAAUAUCUAAUAUUCUUUUUAAGGAAUAUAACUCUAAAAGCUUGUUGUUAAUGUGUAAACCAGGUAUCAACAUCAUCAAGCCACAGGCCCAUUUAGUAUGUCAAGUCAAAACCUACGAUAUCGUUACAAGACAAAGCCGGUAAUGUGAGCGCCCUGUGCAUCAUUGUGUUGCGUUUGGGGUAUUUAUCCAUUUUCAUUAUUUUGCCUAAAAACACUUGUCAUAUAUUUUUGUAUAUUCACAUACUGUACAUUAGGUUUGAAGGGGGUGAACCCAAGAAUUUAUACGUUUAUUUCACAUAUUGUUGAAGUAUUUACAUACCAGAAAGAUACUACAUAAGCUGCCCAUGUGUAUUAUUUGUAUUACUAAUAUGUCGUAGAUGUUAAUAUGUUCCUUUUACAGUAACUCAAUACAUAUUUAUGUACAAUUAUUGUGUCGUGAAAAAUGUCAUUGCGAUUUUCUCUAAUAAGAGAUCAAAUAGUCACUGUGAGAAAAGUCACACCUGAGAAUUAUUUCCUUUCACAGCUUCUUCUGUUCAUGCGUUCAUCUCUGUUGAUCCUCUAGCAUCUCUAAUUCUGAGAUAAUAUUAAAGCAAGGUGUGUCAAUUUCCCCCAAAACAACACGUUUUCUUUUUUACUUCCAGUGGUCUCCAGCCUCGCAGAUUGUUAUGUUUCAUUUCACCAUGUUUCAUUUUUAUGAUGAGCAUAAGUUCAUGUGGAUUUAAAUUGAUUUGCAAAUUAUU